AAAUGCAAGCACCAAAUCGAAACAGCCCGCAGGAGGGGAGUCGAGGAGGAGUAGGGGGGAGUCGGAUCCAUGGACCUGGCCACGAAACUGGGCGGGCUUCCGCCGUUCCGUCCAGACCGACGGGUUCCACAUCGGAGGCGGGGAGCGGAGCGCCGGAGGAGCCGCGGCCUCGGCGCAGGAGGCUGCCCCUCUGGCUCCGGGCCGCAUACGAGCGAUUGCUUCCACUUCUAGCUAGGGUUUCAACCAACCUCCGAAUCCGGCCGCCGCCGUCCAACAUCGGCCGAGAUGAGGACAGAUUCAGCGCGCUCCCCGACGACGUCCUCCGAGGAAUCCUGGAGCGCCUCGACCUGCGCGAGGUGGUCCGCGCCCGCGCAGUCUCCACGCGGUGGCGGCACCUCCCCCACCUGCUCCCGCGCCUGCAUCAACGUCCGCCACUUCGUCGGAGACAAUUCGGCGGUCUUGAUCACUGGGAAUUCUCCCAUGGCCGACGUCAUGGAGGCGUUCACGGGCGCGCUGUGCAGUUUACUGUCUGCAUGUCCUCCUCCGGCCCAGUGCAAGUGCGCUAUCAAGACCCUCAGCCUCCGCUUCUUCCCUAUGUCGGACCUGAGCUCCAUAGGCCGCGCCGUCGAGGACGCUGUCGCCCGCGGUGAGAUUGAAUGCCUUGAAUUUCACACGUGCUCGCCAUACAGUUUACGGACUGGUUUCAACACUGAAGGGCUGCGUGCUGAGCUGGGGCAGCUGUUCAUGUCCUUCUCCCGUGCCUGUCCAGUUACCUUCCGGUGGCUCACGAUGCUUAAAUUCAACGACCUUGUGUUUGGCCAUUCUGACGUCACCGAUCUCAUUAGAGCUUGCGAUAGGCUCAGACACCUCACCCUGAGUUCCUGCGGACUGGUUGAUCGGCACUCUGUGCUCAAGAUCGACACGCCACGCUCCGGGCUCCACGAGCUCUGCUUCAUCGGCUUUCGUUGCAGAUAGAUCGAGUUGAUCGAUGUACCCAAACUUACAGAAGUGCGGUGCCAAUCUUCGCGCUUCGAAAACCCUCCGGUGCGGUUCGGCUACGUUCCGGAGCUUCGCUGCUUGUUCCUCAUUUCUCGUAUCAUAGGCUUUUCGGCGCCACUCGCACUGAGUGGGUGUCUACCAUGGAGUUCCAGGAACUUCUCUAAUUUGUAUCUCGAUUUUGGCAGCCAAAUGAUGUGGAUUCAGAUGGAACAUCCGAAGCAGCUCACUUUUACAUUCAGAAACCUGACCAAUGUGGGGCUUUUUGGUAUCUUUCCUGAGUGUGAUCUGAGAUGGACCAUAUUUAUCCUUGAAGCUGCAGCUGCCCUGCAAAAUUUCAGAGUUUGUCUGGUACUUAAUCUUCUCUAAGUUUAAUCCUCAUUUCUAGUAUGGCAUGUUUCCAGAAUAUUCAACAUUAACAAUGUACCAGGAAAUUGAUCCGAUUUUCAGUCACUCAUCAAACUCUAUUAGAAGUAACUAGAGGACCCGCUGUGCCAAUGGCACAAAAAAACCACUAUAGCUUGAUGCAAAAACCCACUAUAGCAUAGAGGUAUGUGCUAAUUGUGUUUGAACUGGUAACCACAGGCUUAAAUAUCAGCAAGGAGAAGAGUUAAAUGCUAAAUUGAUACAUAACUGAGCUGAACAGCUAAAGCUCGAACUUAGCAGUAGUGGAGAUUGGGGUGUUUUGGUCACCAUUAUUACACAUAGAUGAAACAUAGCAUCAAUACAUGGUAUUUAAGGCUGGAAAUGUGUAUCAACUAUAGCAGAUGAACAUGUAGUGAUUGGACGAUCUACAUCCGGAUGACCUGAUCCUCAUGAUGUUCUUGGAAGUAAUCCACAAGCCUCUGCUCGAAAGUCUCCCGUAACAGUACCGAGUUUCUCCCUUGCCCUUUGGAUAGUUCUCAACUGCAUCAACCAGGAGACUCACUUGAAGAUCUGGCCUCAUGAAGUCAUAGCGUCAUACAAAACAGUCUCUCUUUUUUUAUCGCAAUUGCACCAGAUAACAAGUACUCCCUCCGUAAACUAAUAUAAGAGCGUUUAGAAUACUAAACUAGUGAUCCAAAUGCUCUUAUAUUAGUUUACAGAGGGAGUACUUACUUUUUGCAAGGUGGCUGUAAGUAAACCUCAGAUAUACAGAAAUAUCGCAAAAUAUAAGGCAUAUCAUAAUUUCU